GCUGAUUAUAUUCCACUCCCUUUGGAAAUUCGAAAACCGAAAAGUGCUGGACCACCUCACAUUCCCGAAGGCAGGUUUGAAGGUCAAAGUGUUUACAGCUCAGAAUUUACUGAAAAAGAAGCGGAACGGGUUGAACCAAUUAAGCCAAAACCUCGCGAAAAAAGCCUGUGUACAUUUGAUGGAGAGGCUACGUAUACAGCACAUUUGCUGUGUUCUGUGUUGCUUCAAGCUGACUACAAGGACUGGGAUGUCGAACCCCACCGAUCUUGCGGCCCCAAGUAUGAGUACAGGAAGCCGUCUGCCGAGUUCAAGGGAGAGCCUAUCUACACCACCGAUUAUAUUGAUCAUGGGGUUGUUAAACCCCCAGACGCCUGUAAGCCGCUGAUUCAAACAAUCCACAGUGGACCGUUUGACGCAAUAAGCACCUUCACGGCGGACUAUGUACCGAAAAAAGGAGACAAGCAAAAGCCAUUCAGACCCUCGUAUACACCGGUGCACACGGAGACACCUUUCUCACAGGACACCACUCACCGCACGGACUACACGGAGUGGCCUCUGCCGGAGCACUUCCAUCGCGCUCUAGAUGAGUACAAACCGAGCGACGCCAAAUUCGACGGCCGCACUACGUAUAGGACGAAUUAUACCGCACUGGAGGGUGAAAGGGCAAAAAUGAUUAGGCCUAUCUCUCAGACCCCUGAUCACAGUGGGGAAUUUUCUGAAACUGAUUUUGGCUUUGGGAUUAUUUCUGCGGGUCCCAUUCUUACGUGGGAGAGGGUCAGCCUUUCAACUUUAAAGACAAUUAAGACCUGCAAUUUACUCAGAUGCUACUUUUAUUUUUACGAAAUAAAGGAUCAAACUAACUACAAGAAAGAAUACCGCAGGUGGUCUCUUAAGGGUCGUCAGAUGCCAGUCCGCGGGCCUGCGAAGUAUUUACCACCCGAAGUACCUUUUGAUGGACAGUCGAUUUACCAAGCUGAAUUUCUACCCAAGCAGCUUGACUGCUGUCCAGUUUUACUACUCGAAACAAACUCUAAUUUUGUUUGUGAAGGAGAGGUAAGUUCUUAA